AUGCUCGUGCACCGGCAAAAAGUCUGGGGCAAGUCUGCGGAUCGAAAGCAAGUGGAAAGGGAGGCCAAAACUCGAAGACUCGGGAUGGGACCGGAAGGCAAGAGGGAGGAGGUAUGCCAGGAAGAACAGCCGGCAAACAAAGGGCGAGCUCGGUCUGAAGGAAGGGAGGAAGAGAGGAAGCAGGAGCAGAGCGUCUCUAGUCACAGUACGUACGGGGAAAGCGUUAACGGCUCUGGGUCCGUCGGCUUCGGCGGGCUGGCCCACCAAUCUCUCGCCGAUAUGGCGACAGAAGGGUCCCCGCACAUCCAUGGUGUUUGCAAACGAGCAGUCCUUCCGCCUUUCUCCGUGCUCGCCCGGCGCAACAAAGGGGAACUGAUGUUCCAUGGCCCAGUUGCAACAUCUCGACUGGACGACAUCAUUAGGCUUAUCAAGGUUACAUCCCACGGAUCAUAG